GGGCCCGCGCCCUACAACGGAAGUCGGGAUAGCGGAAGCCACAACCUCGGAUCGACCAGUCAACUAUCCACUGCAACAAGACCAGUCGAGUUUCCUGGUGAUAAAGAACCUCACCUCAACCAGAACCAGCCCGGCGAGGAAUGGCAGACCGUCGGACAGGCGUCGCAUACCGUCAUGCCCUUGUUGGAGGGGGACUGGCUAUCCACUCCUAGCGAUGAUAGGAUAGUCGGAGAGCUAUCCCGUUUUCCGCUGGCAUCAUCUUUCAGAAGCGAAGAGACUUCCUCUCAACUACAUACCACCUGCAUCCCCUUCCCAGAAUGCCUUGGUACUGUCUUUACGCCAACAACAAGGAAUGAUGCUCUCCUUGAGGGCUACUCCAGUUCUUUCCAUACCAACGGCACGGACCAGUCUGGCAUGUUCUUCGGAGCGCAAAGUCUCGAAGAGCAGUUGCAGGCACUGUGCAGAACGGAUCCGGGGCAGCACGAAUCGUUUCUCGAAUGCACGACUCCUGUUUCACCAUGUCAGCAACACGGCACUAGCAAGCCGAUCCUGUCAGGACUUGAAGGAGCUACAGGCGGUUGCCCGAGUGAUUCAUACGCGCAACCGACGAUGCCUUGGGAGCCAAUGACUCUUCUCUCGGAAGCAAAUCUCCUCACCAGCGCUGCGCCGGACACCUGCUGCCCUGCCGAUCCCACAGUGGUACCGCCAGACCCCGAGGCAGACCUGGCGAAUACGGCCGUCCCAACGACAGAGACCGGUGACACGGAGACAGCAUCCACGUGUGUCAGCGCCGACGCCGAGGAGCGGGACAACCUGAGCCAGCCACGGCAGGGUGACACGGGCGCUGAUUUCUCGGCAACGGAGACCGCUACGAAGCGCAAAAGACCGAGCGACAGGGACGAUCCGUUCCCCAAGCGCCGAAAGGUUCUAUUCGAGGCAGUCGAGGUCAAGCUGACUGUGGAUGCGCCAUCCUACCUCUUGGGUGCGGAUCACUGCUCUUGGGUGCACGAGACGACGGGGAAAAGCUCUGUAGUAGCGUUCAAUGAUCUGCAAGAGACUUCGCGGGUGAAAGUGCGCGUGCUCGACGUGCAGUCAGACCGAAAGGGUCAAACCAUCUGGUUGCAGCCCGACAACGGAAUGAGACAGUGGAAGUGGCGAGGUACGGGUGAGGGAGGCAGGUCGUUGGGUGUAGCCAAAGUCACCCUUAGUUGCCUAGUGCAGACACCAGGUAGGGGUCCGUUUGAGGGUACCUAUCUUUCGUAGAAAAGUGGCUAUCUUAUUGUGUUCACAGAAAGAAUUGUUACACACCGUUUGAAACGCCUUGCAAACAAGUCCUCGACGCCUAGGGAACAGUCCACGUUCUUUGCUCUAAGCUUGCCCUGACACCUUCUACGCCAAGCUGCUAUAAAGCGGACAGUACAGCUCGAGGUGCGUAUCGUAUUGUACCGUGGGGCGUAAGCACAAGCCCCUUGGGCCUAGGAGAGGGUGGCGCACGGAGGGGAUAUAUGUCAGAGGUCUCG